UGGUAGGAUAUUCACUCAUUUUUGUCUCUGAAAAUGGGAGUUUGUUGUUUUGAUUUCAUUUAUGAAAACUGAGUUAGUAGACAUUCUUGUAUUUUCUGAAAGCGGCUUAUUUCUUGGAGGUGCAUUAAUUAAAGAUUUAUUUUUUAUUCUAUAAAUCGCAUUUUUUCUCUUGUCUUCACAUAUAACACCACUCUGUUUCCUUCUAUGAAAGGCGAAACCCUUCUCGCAGCGGCGAAUUUAUAAACCUUGAAACAACUAUUUGAAUCCAAUGUUUGCAAUUAUCUGUAGAAGAGGAGUAAUUAGGGUUCCGGGAAAAGAUUCAAUUUCUGUUGCCCUAAGAUUCCUCGCGCAUUUCUCCUGGGUGAACUCGUAUUCAACUUCAGAUGGCGGCGGCGGCGAUGCUGGAGGCCAAUCUUUGACCAUCUCUUACCUCGUCGGCGCGUGUGGGCUGCCGGAGAAGGCCGCCGUCUCUGCAUCAAAGAGUCUGUGCAUCAAAUCCCGAGAAAAUCCAGCCGCGGUGUUGGAGCUCCUCAAAGACUACGGAUUCACAGAUUCCCAAAUUUCGAGGAUCGUUAGUAGAUGGCCGCGCGUUCUGCAAUGCAGCCCCGACAAAACCCUGAUGCCGAAGCUCGAAUUCUUCCGCUCGAUCGGCGUUCCCGAUUGUAUCGCGGCGCAGCGCCUAUCUGUCUUCCCUAGGAUCUUACAGCGCAGUCUCCGAAACCAUCUCAUCCCCUCGUAUAAUUACUUGAAAGUAUGGGUGCGAUCCGAGGAGAGGGUGGCGAUCGUGUUUAAACGCGCUCCGUUGGCGUUUUCGAGCGGCUGGUCGCCAUGUUGAGAGAGAGAGGGAUGCCCGAGUCGUGUAUUGUUUCGUUGGUGGGGUGGAAGCCUAAUAUGCUGCUGCUCCGCCGCGAUAAGUUGUGUGGGUUUGUGGAUCGAGCUGCUGCUCCACAAUG